AUGCAUGGUGAUGUUAUACGCGCUCCUCUUACAGAGUUGCAUAGUAUGGCUGCUUCGUGGCCAUGUUCAAUGUGGGGAAUGGAUGUGAUUGGAGCUAGUGAUUCUCCUGAUUCAAAUGGGCAUCAAUUUAUUCUGAGAAAUAACAUUAUCUGUCGCUUUGGCGUACCCGAGACAUUGAUCACCGAUAAUACCAAGAACCUCAUAGAUGGGUUAUAUGAACAGUUUAAGAUCAGGCAUCGAAAUUCUGUCAUUUACAGGCCUCAGAUGAAUGGAGUCGUUGAAACCGCAAAUAAGAAUUUGAAAAAGAACAUUCGUAAGAUGACUGAAGCACACUGGGAUUGGCAUGAGAAACUGCCUUAUGCAUUGAUGGCGUACAAAACUACGGUCAGGACUUCUACCGGUGCAACUCCUUACUCUCUUAUGCAUGGAAUGGAAGUAGUAUUGCCUGCAGAAGUUGAAAUUCCUUCCUUACGCAUUUUGAUGGAAGCUCAGACAGAAGAAACUGAAUGGGUCAGGAAACUCUAUGAGCAGUUGUCUCUAAUUGAUGAGAAGAGGUUGAAUGCCAUCUGUCAUGGGCAAUGUUAUCAGCGAAGAAUGGCUCGUGCUAAUAACAGAAAAGUUAAACCUCGUUUAUUCGAAAUCAGUGAUAAGGUCUUAAAACGGAUUCUUCCAAUGCAAGAGGAGGCUAAAGGAAAGUUUCUCCAAAUUGGCAAGGACCAUUCAUUGUUAAAAAAGUGCUGCCCGGAGGAGUGUUUAUCCUUAUGA